AUGAACCUGUUUUCUGGAACUGUUCCUCCUGAGCUUGGGAAUUUGGUUAACUUGGAGAUUUUCAACUUCACGGGAAGAAUACCUGAUUAUUUGGAAAAUUUUAAACAAGUUGAGAUGUUAGAGAUCCGAGCUAGUGGUCUCAGUGGGCCCAUUCCGUCUACCAUUUCUGUCUUGAGUAAUUUAAAAGCACUAGAGUUCGGUAACUUAAAUGGAGGGGGUUCAAAAUUUCCACCCUUGCGUAAUAUAAUGGGCAUGCAAUACUUAGAUCUCAGCUUCAACAAAUUGGAAGGAAAUAUUAAUAGUCCUGACUAUGAACAUUUGCAACGCGUAUCUAACAAGCAACUGGCUUGCCGGUUCUGUUCCAGACUGGAUGAAGAGCAGAGAUCGUCACUACAUACUUUGGUGUCCUCAUUCACCUAUAAUAAUGCAUUUUUCUUUGAAAUAUUUAUCAGAAACUUGUUUGAAAGCUUUUCUGCACAAAGAAACUCAUCAUUUGGAGUGUGCUUGAGGAACUUUCCAUGUCCAGAAGAUCAGUACUCGUUGCAUAUAAAUUGUGGUGGAAAACGAACCACCAUUGAAGGAGUCACCUUUGAAGAUGAUCAAGACCCAGGAGGUGCAGCAAAAUUCUUUCGCCAGGGACCUAUCUGGGGAACCAGUACCACUGGACAUUUCUGGGAUUUUACCACCACUGCUACAGACUACAUUGCAAAUAAUGUAUCUAUACUUAAAAUGAACGACUCUGAGUUGUACACAAGUGCACGCCUCUCUCCUCUUUCUCUCACGUAUUACGCACGCUGCUUUCAAAACGGCAAUUACACCGUGAAACUUCACUUUUCAGAGAUAACGAUCAGAGGCAAUAGAUCUUUUCGUAGUGUUGGAAGACGGAUAUUUGAUAUUUAUAUUCAGGAGAAACUGGUGUGGAAGGAUUUUGAAAUUAAAAAGGAAGCACACGGCGUUGAUAAAGAACUCAUUAAGGAAAGUAAAGCAGUGGAGGUUAAGAAUAAAACUUUAGAGAUCCGAUUUCAUUGGUCUGGGAAAGGGACAACAGCUUCUCCAAAGAGAGGAACAUAUGGUCCUCUUAUAUCUGCUAUCUCUAUAGAGCCUGAGUUCAAGCCUCCUCAUGGUAGCAAAAGCAAAGUACCUAUUGUAGUGGGAGCUUCAGUUGGAGCUUCGGUCUUGUUCCUCAUUUUCUUGAUUUACAGCGUUCUUUGGUGGAAAGGCUGUCUGGAUAGCAAGAUAUCUAGGGAAAAAGCUCUGAGGGGACUGGAUCUGCAAACUGGUUUUUUCACCUUCAAGCAAAUUAAAGCCGCCACUAAUAACUUUGAUCCUCUAAACAAAAUCGGGGAAGGCGGUUUUGGAUCUGUUUACAAGGGUAUAUUAUUGGAUGGUACUAUAAUUGCAGUUAAGCAACUAUCAUCCAAAUCAAAGCAAGGAAAUCGAGAAUUUGUGAAUGAAAUAGGCAUGAUUUCUGGUUUACAACAUCCAAAUCUUGUUAGAUUGUAUGGAUGCUGUAUUGAAUCAAACCAGUUACUGUUGGUAUAUGAAUACAUGGAAAACAACAGCCUUGCACGUGCUUUGUUCGUUCCGGAGGAAAGUCCUUUAAAAUUGGACUGGCCUGCAAGGCAGAAUAUAUGCAUAGGCAUAGCAAGAGGUCUGGCUUUUUUGCAUGAGGAAUCAGCACUGAAGAUUGUACACAGAGACAUUAAAACUACAAAUAUAUUACUAGACCGAGACCUUAACUCCAAGAUCUCGGACUUCGGGUUGGCCAAGCUUGACGAAGAGGAGAACACCCACAUUAGCACUAGAGUUGCUGGAACUAUAGGAUAUAUGGCGCCAGAAUAUGCACUAUGGGGUUAUUUGACCUACAAAGCAGAUGUCUACAGCUUUGGUGUUGUUACAUUGGAAAUUGUUGCUGGAAAGAGCAACAUGAAAUAUCGACCAAAUGAGAACUUCGUAUGCCUUCUGGAUUGGGCUCUUGUUUUACAACAAAAAGGGGAAUUAUUGGAGCUGGUGGAUCCAAGAUUGGGGUCCGAUGUGAGUGAGGAAGAGGCCAUUAGGAUGAUUAAAGUUGCUCUCUUAUGCAUCAACGCAGCACCAGCGCUUAGGCCUGCCAUGUCUGCAGUUGUGAGUAUGCUUGAAGGACGUACGGCUGUUCAUGAAUUGGUCACGGAUCCAAGUACUUACGGUGAUGAACUGAGGCUAACAGCCUUGACAAACCAGUUUGAUCACAAUUCAUCACAGAAUCCAAGUCAAACUCAUCUUAUUGUUCCUUCAUCAUCAGAUGCACCAUGGAUUGGUUCUUCUGCUACUACUACGUCUUCUGAUCUCUAUAAAAUCAAUCCCAGUACUAGUUCUUGCUAAUGUAAAUGCUAGGACUCAAGAUUUCACGUUGGAAAAAUAGCAUAUCCUAGAGUGGUUUAUGAGCUCUUAAACAUUAUUUUCUCACAAGUAGGCUUUUAGAGGCAAGUUCUACCCAUGAACUCUUCAUAAUAAACAUUUCUUCGCCCUUAACUAUGCAAAUGCUCGUGUAAUGAUAAACUAACUAGUAGUAGUACAUAUCUUUUCAAAUAAAAAUAUUGGGUUUUUGCAAA